GAAUGAUGACGCAGUACAGACGCGACAACAGUCAACUUCAGAUUCAGAACGCUGUCAACAUACGGAAAAAGAGUGUCAUCUUGGUCCAUCGGUAAUUUUUCAAAGGGCAUUUUUGAAAGUGCUGGCGCCUUACUUUAUUUUGUUUUCGCCUUGCGCCUCCUGAAUUUCUGUGUUUUGAGAAUGCUUGCUAUCUGAUCACCACGAACUCACGAUCAGCAGACGGACACAACGCGCUUGGAAAAUAUAGCGAAACAAUUGUCGCGACUGGAUACAACUGGAGUUCGAAGUUUCCGUGAAGUGGAAACGUCGCCACAAUGCGGCUCAUCAUCCUGUUCGGUUACCUGAUGCUGGCUUCCAGUCAGCAGCUGGACGACGACUGGCUGGAUCCCUAUGACUUGCUCAAUUACGACGCAAGCACAAAAACGAUGAGGAAGCCCGCCGAGCAGCCAGCAAGGGCAGUUAAUGUUCCAAGCUCACAAAACGUGGACAUCAACUGUGGUCAAGCUGAGCUUACGGUCUGCAACCAACAGUUGUCUGAUUUACAAACUCAGGUCGAAGCCCAAAAGAAGAGUAUGAAACAGAUCUCCCAGCAGCCAACAUGUAAUCCUGUUUUUAAAAGAUUCCUUAGCAGGCUUUUGAAGGACAUACGGAGAGUUGAAAUGCCCAAAGACACCGUAGACUAUGACGCUAUGAUCAGACUAUCCGGCCAAGGCAUGGCAGAGAUUCAGAACUUUCUCGAUGGAGAAGACUGUUGCAGAACGGGUGCUCUGGACAAUGCCAUCAGUCAGAUUCUGGUUAAAGUUCGACCACAUGACUACGAUGCCUGGAGAUGGCGGUUUGAAGACACCUUUGGCAUUGAGCUGGACACACUUUUGAAAUUGGCAAUUUGUAUUUUGAUCUUCAUGGUCAUCAUCUGCACUCAGCUGUGGUCUUGCAUCUCCUGGUUUGUGCAGUUCAAGAGGCUGUUUACCAUCUGUUUCUUUGUUAGUAUUGUGUGGAACUGGUUGUACCUGUACAAGAUUGCAUUUGCUGAGCACCAAAGCAACAUUGCGAAGAUGGAUGGUGUCUAUGAAAAAUGCACUGGAGUGAAGACAAUUGACUGGCGUGAUAGUUUGAAAGAGUGGUUCAGAAGCACGUGGACACUGCAGGACGACCCUUGCAAGAGAUACUAUGAAGUCCUUAUGGUCAACCCCAUUCUACUCGUACCUCCCACCAAGGCAAUCUCGGUUACUAUCACGACCCUCAUCACAGAGCCACUGAAGCAUGUCGGCCUUGGGAUAAGCGAGUUUCUCCGGGCACUCCUCAAAGAUCUUCCCAUCACCCUUCAGAUCCCCGUUCUCCUUACUAUUGUGCUUGCCAUUGUGGUCUUCAUGUAUGGAAGUGUGCAGGCAGUUUUCCAGUACGGCAUCACUGCACCUCUACGCCGGCAUAGAAGGGAUCAGCCCCUUCCACCAACAGAGCAGCGUCAUCUCCAAGAAAUUGAGAACCGUGGCCACAUGGACGCAGGGGACAUGCCGCAGCAUUGUCCCCAGCAUAACGGACAUGAGGCCCGACUGCACAACAAUCAGUUUUGCCGAUCACGACUCAACAUGGCCCGAGAAGAGCCAGCCAGGAUAUUUGUGGAGACUUUGCGUACUGCGUCUUCUUCCCAAAACCAACAGGAGUUAGACGGGAAUCGACGUGAGAGGCGUGUUGAAGCCGGGCAAGGGGAUGAGGCCGAUCCUCGAAUGGUGUCUGACUCUGAUGACCAUGCAGAGGUGGAGGAGACUCAAAGAGGCGCAAGUGUUUUGGUGUCACGGCAGACUGCUAAAAUAAAGGAAAAACCCACCGACUGCGGCUCAUCUCAGUUAGAACAUCCAAAAGACAGGCCCAGAGAGAGGACGCCAUCUGGACUCCCUCAGACUCUACCUAAAGUGGAUGUGCAGGACCCGAAUGCCUCAGCUGGAGACUCUGAGCCCUCCGUUUCGCUGCCAAAUGUGGAAACGCUGGGCAGUCCUGUUCAAGAGACAUUGCCAUCAGACGUGAUGGAGAAUCACUAGGAGCUUAUGCCUUCACCAUUGGACAUCACGGAGCCAGAAAUAUGGCAUCUCUAUUGAGUCGGGUGCUGAGCAGGUCUACAGUAGCCACGAAAAGAUACACACUGUUAUGUCUCUGACGCAAGAGGCAAUACUUCAGGACAAAGUGACAGUAUAUGGUUAUUGAUGGCAGCCGGCUACCACUUGAGCACUUUAAAUAUCCUUAAGUGACUAAUGAAAUGGGGUAUGUCAAGUAUGAUACAUUGUUAUAUAUUAUUUUUAUACUUUAAUACAUUUGUUGCUGUGCUUUUAUAACCUCACAUUUUGACAGCGUUAAAGGCAGAUGAUCAGGAAUACAUUCCUUGUAUUAAUAACUGGGUUUAAAGACAUCUAAGCAGUAUACUUAUAGCAUUUUAACGUUUUUGGGUUAUAGGUUCACCUAUUUAGGUUUAUUGGCGAUGUAACCCGUUACGGGCCCGCUUCCUAUCCUCGAUUUUAAGUGGUUUACUGCUCAUAUAGGCACAAACGGUUUUGUAAAGAAACACCCUGAAACUCGUUAAGCAAAACUAAUUCAUGUUGGUUUGGGUGAAAAGUCAAUACAUUGUGAUACACUCGUGAUCAACAGCAAUUGAUUUUGUUGUUUUUGGGGGUGUAAUUUUAAUUGAUCAUUUUUAUGCCCUGUCUGACGCUAUCAAAUCCACAAGAGGGCGCACAAGCCUUACUAAUGAGAAAUAGCUUUGCCUGUGAAGACGACAAACCCAGCGUCCUUCCAUCUGGAUUUUAACCCCCCACCCUCCUAAAUAAAAACAAAUGGCAUCUAUAAGUUUGUAUUUUUUUCAGGUUAUUGUUGUAGAAUGAGUUUGUACUACCCUAUUUUUCGGACUAUAAGUCGCAGUUAUUUUUUAUAGUUUGACUGGGGGUGCGACUUAUAGGGGAGAGUGGGGGGAGUUGUGCCAGUUUUUACUUAAAGUGAGGUCAUGAUAGGAAUCUAUCCAACUGCAAUAUGAACAUAUAUUUCAGAAUGUGGUGCAUCUUUGGGAACAAUCAUUUUGGAUCUGAACUAUAGUAUUUAAGAAAUAUAGCUUUCUCAAAAAAAGUGGUCUUUUGGCACAACUUGCCCCCAGUGCGGGGUAAGUUGUGCCUUUGGACCAAAGCACUAAAACAUGAGUGAAAUGUUUUCAAACUUAACAUAAGGCUUAUCAAAGUCCUAAAUGAUAUUCGUUGGAAUACCGAUGCAGGCAAAUCAUCUGUUCUGUUACUAUUGGAUCUCAGCGCCGCAUUCGACACGGUUGAUCACAACAUACUACUCAGCAGAUUGGAACAGUGGGUAGGGCUUACUGACACUAUUCUUCAGUGGUUCACAUCCUAUUUACAUGAUAGGGAUUUCUUUGUGUCAAUCGGAAACUAUCAGUCAGAACGAACCAAAUUCACGUGUGGCGUCCCUCAAGGGUCAAUUCUUGGACCACUCUUAUUUAACAUCUAUAUGCCUCCGUUAGCUCAGAUAAUGGAACAGUAUGACAUCUCCUAUCACGCCUAUGCAGAUGACACACAACUGUACAUUUCUGUGUCCCCACAUGAUUAUAGUCCCAUAGUCUCCCUGAGUAAAUGCAUUCAUCAAAUCAGUGAAUGGAUGUGCCAGAAUUUUCUCCGGUUAAAUGUGGAGAAGACAGAGGUGAUCAUUUUUGGGCCAAAAAAGGAAAGGUAAAGAUAAGCAGGCAACUUAGAACAAUGUCACUUACAGCUACAAAUCAAGUCAGAAACCUUGGCGUAAUUAUUGACUCAGACCUAAAAUUUGAUAGCCAUCUAAAGUCCAUCACUAAAUCCACUUAUUACCACCUAAAAAAUAUAACCAGAAUUAAGGGGCUUCUGACUCAACAAGACAUGGAAAAACUUAUGCAUGCAUUCAUUUUCAGCAGAUUGGACUAUUGCAACGGUAUAUUUACGGGUCUUGAUAAAAAAUCAGUCAGGAAGCUGCAGCUAGUACAGAAUGCUGCAGCCAGAGUCCUCGCAAAUACAAGGAAGCUGGACCACAUUACACCGGUUUUGAAAUCGCUACACUGGCUUCCAGUGAGUCAAAGGAUAGGCUAUAAAAUACUACUGCUCGUCUACAAAACACUUAAUGGCCUUGGACCAAAAUACAUGCUUGACUUGUUAGAUUCCUAUGAGACAUCUAGACCCCUAAGGUCGUCUGGAACGGGUCUUCUGCAUAUUCCAAGAACAAGAACCAAGCAGGGUGAGGCAGCAUUUAGUUAUUAUGCUCCUCACCUCUGGAACAAGUUACCUGAACGUCUGAAGUAUGCUCAAACUGUUAGCUCUUUUAAAUCAGGGCAAAAAACACUUUUGUUUAGCACUUCAUAUCCAUAACUGGCUAUAUAUUUCAAUCUACCUGCUUUCUAUUACUCUUGUGCUUAUCUCCAUUGCUGAUUUCAAUUAUAAUUAUUAGUAGUAGUUUUUGUUAUAUUUGUUUUAUUUUUAUUUUUAUUCUAUUUGUGAUUAAAUGCGGUCUUUUGUCUUGGUGUUUACGUUGUAUUGAUUUAAAUGUGAUUUUUAUGAUCUUCAUGUGAUGUAAAGCACUUUGAAUUGCCUUGUGUUGAAUUGUGCUAUAUAAAUAAAUUUGCCUUGCCUUGCCUUGCCUUUGGAGAGAAUGCAUUGGGGUAAAUUGUGCCAUUGAUUAUUGAAGUGAAACAGAAUAUUUUAUCUCUGCUAGAAAAGUAACAUUCAAAAUUAUUCAUUUAAGGUUUAUUUAAACUUAUUUUGCAACAUCAAAGGCCAAUUUUCUACAAGCCCAUUGCGCCAAAUGAGCACAUCAGAGGUCAAUUUUCAACAAGACCUAGCGCUCCAUGAACACAUCAGAACAAAGUUUAGUCAAAAGAAACAAACAAACAAACAAAAAAAAACAGCAAUUCUAUUUAAAGGUAAUUUAUAAAAUUGAAGGCAAAUUUUCUGAAACAAGGCCUAGCGCCACAUAAACAUAUGUUCAGAAUCAGAACAAAAUGAAAUUCUGAUAAAGACCAAAUUGAAUGCAAUCCAAUUCACAGAUCUGGCCUACUACAUAACAUCCCACUUGCUUAUGCUACUGGGCAAUAUAAAUUUCUGCUCCCUUAUGGAUAUACCACUAAGUUUUUGUGGUGUGGGUAAAUUUAUAGAUUUUAUGAGUUUAGUUUGAUUUGAUUCUUUAAGAGCCCUUUUAAUCUACCUGUGAGUUGUGCUACUGGCACAACCUACCCAGGCCCUGUGGCACAAAUCACC